AUGAAGAUCAAAACUAUACAAAGAAACCCAGAUGAUUACGUUCCAGUGAGGAACACUCAGGAAUCACAAUUACCUAGAAAUUUAGAUCCUGAAUUACAUCCAUUUGAAAGAGCUAGAGAAUAUACCAAAGCCCUCAAUGCUACCAAAAUAGAAAGAAUGUUUGCUCAACCUUUUGUGGGUCAAUUGGGAUAUGGCCACAGAGAUGGUGUGUAUGCGGUUGCCAAACACUAUCAUGAUUUAAACAAAAUGGCUACUGGUUCAGGUGAUGGUGUUGUUAAAUUUUGGAAUAUGUCAUCAAGUGAAGAACUUUGUUCAUUUAAGGCCCACUACGGUAUAGUUACAGGCCUUUGUGUUAGCCCAGUACUAGCGUCUAAGAAUAAAAAUUUACAAUACAUGUUAUCAUGUGGUGAUGAUAAGACCGUUAAGCUUUGGUCCGUGGAUACCGAUGAUUAUGCCGAUGUCAAAGAUGAUCAAAAUCUAAACACAAGGGGGUUAUUAAAGACAUUUUAUGGUGACCACUCAUUUCAGGGUAUUGAUCAUCAUAGGUCAAACUCUGCGUUUGUUACUGGUGGUGCACAAAUUCAACUAUGGGAUACUUCAAGGUCUAAGUCUACUUCCAACUUGUCAUGGGGGGCUGACAACAUUACAAGCGUAAAAUUUAAUCAAAACGAUUCAAACAUUCUAGCAAGUACCGGUAGUGAUAAUUCAAUUGUUCUUUAUGAUUUGAGAACGAAUUCACCAACACAAAAGAUUGUUCAACAAAUGAGAACCAACUCCUUAUGUUGGAAUCCAAUGGAACCAUUUAAUUUCGUUACAGGUAAUGAAGAUCAUAAUGCUUAUUAUUACGAUAUGAGAAAGAUGAAUAGAGCAUUGAAUGUUUUCAAAGAUCAUGUUAGUGCUGUUAUGGAUGUUGAUUUUGCUCCUACAGGUGAUGAAAUUGUCACCGGAUCUUAUGAUAAAACGAUUAGAAUCUUCAAGACAAACCAUGGUCACUCCAGAGAGGUUUAUCAUACAAAGAGAAUGCAGCACGUUUUCCAAGUAAAAUAUUCAAUGGAUAGUAAAUAUAUCGUUAGUGGAUCAGACGAUGGAAAUGUCAGACUCUGGAGAAGUAAAGCAUGGGAUAGAUCUAACGCCAAGACAAGCCGUGAAAAGAAUAAAUUAGAAUACGACGAAAAAUUGAAAGAAAGAUUUAAGAAUAUGCCAGAAAUUAGAAGAAUUAGUCGACACAGACAUGUUCCAAAAGUGGUUAAGAAGGCUCAAGAUAUCAAGAGAAUUGAAUUAAACUCGAUAAAGAGAAGAGAUUUUAACGAAAGACGUACUAAGAAGGAUAAACCAUUUGUACCUGAAAGAGGUAAACAAAUUAUAGGAACAGUUCAUCAAUAUGAAGAUAAACCAAGGAGAAAGAAUAGAGAUGAAGAUGAAGAAAAUCCAAGUGGUAAUGAGGAAUAA